UAACCACUAGACAAGUGUGUUAGGUGCUGACUGGCAGCGACAACUACCUUUCCCCCCUUCUCCCUUCUUACCACUCCUACCGAGCGCCCCCGAGAUGGACUCUCACGCACCACCCAGCGCUGCCACGGAUGCGGUGCUGGUAAAGUCUGUCGAGAUGCCAGAGAACGCGCAAAAAGUGGAAGAACUCGACUUCAACAAGUUCAAAGGCCGGCCCAUCACCGUCGACGACCUCUUCCAGGGCAUGAAGCACAUGGGUUUCCAGGCGUCGUCCAUGUGCGAGGCCGUCCGCAUCAUCAACGAAAUGCGAGCAUGGAAAGAUCCCGAGUCAGGGGCUAAGACGACCGUCUUCCUAGGCUACACCUCCAACAUGAUCUCGUCUGGUCUCCGGGGCGUGUUCCGGUACCUGGUGCAGCACAAGCAUGUCUCUGCCAUCGUGACCACGGCAGGCGGUAUUGAGGAGGACUUCAUCAAGUGCCUGGGCGACACGUACAUGUCGUCCUUCAGUGAACGUGGUGCGGAGCUGCGCUCCAAGGGUCUCAACAGGAUUGGCAAUUUGGUCGUCCCCAACUCCAACUACUGCGCCUUUGAGGACUGGGUCGUCCCCAUCCUCGACAAGAUGCUGGAGGAGCAGGAGGCUAGCCGGGGGACCGAGGACGAACUCCACUGGACACCAUCUAAGAUCAUCCACCGCCUGGGCAAGGAGAUCAACGACGAGCGGUCCGUCUACUACUGGGCAUACAAGAACGACAUCCCCGUGUUUUGCCCCGCCCUGACCGACGGCAGCCUCGGGGACAUGCUGUACUUCCACACGUUCAAGACGUCACCGCAGCAGCUCCGGGUUGACAUCGUGGAGGACAUCCGAAAGAUCAACACGAUCGCCGUCAGGGCAAAGCGCGCGGGCAUGAUCAUCCUGGGCGGCGGGGUGGUCAAGCACCACAUUGCAAAUGCGUGCCUGAUGCGGAACGGGGCCGAGUCGGCCGUGUACAUCAACACGGCCCAGGAGUUUGACGGGAGCGAUGCCGGGGCCCGGCCGGAUGAGGCCGUCUCGUGGGGGAAGAUCAAAGUUGGCGCGGAUGCGGUCAAGGUCUAUGUGGAGGCUACCACUUGCUUUCCAUUUAUCGUAGCCAAUACGUUCGCGAAAGACGAUCAAUAAACAUUAAUUUGCUCGCCCAUUGCGCUUUGGUCCCCGUAUCCAUGAGAUAAUCUGACUUUUCAUCCGACGUUCAAGUGUUCUCGACGUAAAAUAUCAUCUCUCCAAAAUGCCAUUGCCUUUUUGAGCAUGAUAAGAAAACACAAGGGCUUCCUUCUCCCACGUUG